AUCUUAGUCGAGUCUCGGCCGUCCAAGGAGGGCGGCCCGUCUCCUUGGCAACGGGAAUGUUGAGGCGAUGGCUGAGGCCGAGGAUGAAGGCGACGCCUCAGGUAGGCCGCGGAUGGCGGAGGCGGAGGCUUUGCGAGUGCGAGGCCGCGGAGCCUCCCUCAGAGAGGCCUCAAAGGACUUCCUUGGCAACAGCCGAAAAACCAACACAACCCACAACAUCGGCUUUGUAAACCUAGGGAGGCACCCGGCUCUUCACAGGGAUGACCAGCAGAGAAAGUCAUUGCUGCUUGAGGAAGAAAAUGGGGUCUUUACCAUUGAAGACUUGGAAGAAAGCUUACGAAACCUGAAGGUUCAGGUGGAUAGCUUAGCCUCCGGCCUAACUGUCCAUCCAGAUCAAGAUUAUACUUCUGCUCUGGAACACGUGGCUGACCCAAGUCCUUCAAGUUUCAAACAGCAUCCAUCAGGGUCACGCACUGAGACAGAAUGGUUACUGAAAGAAAAGCAUCUAGCGAGAUCAUUAGACGAUAAUUUGAAUUUGAUGGAUUUGGCCAUUCCAACCUUACAUUCAUCCCCACUAAACAAAACUUCAGGAUUAUUUGGCUCUAUAAGUCAGAACUCUCCUGCCUUAGGGGAUCUUUCUGCCCCAUUGAAACUCGGGGCCCCUCAUGUGAUUGGUGUCAAGUCUUUGCUACCCCCCAAGAUUCCAGUCCGAGCUUGCUUGCCGGAAAGAUCCUCGUUCACAUUCCGCAGAGGCCGUUCGCUUAGUCACUCUGAGGUUACCCGCUCCUGCUCCUUCUCUCCGGAUGCCAAACGCCCAUGCUGGCUCCGAUCACGUUCUCAGUCUCCGAGGCCUAUCUGGAGACCUACCUCGGCUAAGGCUAAUGCCUGUGCCCAGCCUCCGCCUCAGCUGGGGAAGCCCAGGGGAGUCAGAAAGAAAAGCAUAUCAAGCAGACAGUCGCGGUUGAGGUUCUUCAGGCCAGGAACAUUAGCAUCAAAAUCCUGGACUUCCACCAAGGCAGUUGGACUGAGGACACCGAGGAACUCUUGGAGUCCUUACAGUUUGGCUUCUUCUGAUAUCUCCUCGCCCAGCGCAGAGGAGAUCAAUGAACGCUUCCUGCAGACGCUUUCCGAAAGCAUGAUGGGGAGAGACCUGAUUGAAAUGUCUCCCUACCAGAAAGAGCUGGCUCGUCUCCGACUCGAGUGCCUGCGUGUGGAAGAGGGCUGGCUGUUGGAAUUAAAGAGGCAGCAGGAAUUGGAACGAACCCGUGGCCCCCGGCCCAAGUGGUACGAAAUGAGGGACUCUCAAUUCCACUACGAAGCCCACAAGAACAGCAAACUUCUAAGAAGCAGCCCAGAGAUACAGUCGGUCUUCGAUUAUAGGGAGGCGCUAGCAAGAGCAUCGAAAGAGUUCCAGCAGCAACAGAAGCCCACUCCCACCUCCCUCAGGGCCUACUGGUAAACAGCCUAUGGAGACAUUGGGCAUCAGAGGAGAUAGAAGAAAGGCAGGUUAGGAUCAGCAGGGCUUUCCUCUGUUCCCAGUGAAUAAUGGCUUGUUUUGGGGGGGAGACAGCGGUGUGAUUCCGAGUGUCCAGUCCGGUCAUUUGUAUGCCUUCUUGAUCACUUAGAGCUGAUUUAAACUUUGAGAAGUGCCACAGGACAGGGUCUCUUUAGAAAAUGAAAUGAAGAGCAACGAUUCCUUGCUAGAGAAAGAGGUAACCGGAUAUCCUGGUUUACUGGGGAGAAUUAAGGCAAAACAUCGGACAUCUCUUUCUCAAAGGCAAUUGUUUUCUGACUUGGUGUGUACAGCUUUGAUGUGCGUGUGUGCCUUUUUUCGAGAAACAAUCUGAUUGUUAUUGCCUGCAGUCUCAAACUAGUUUGGCAAAGGACAUUCACUCUGGAUUUUCUCUCAUUUGCUUUAAUUUUUUGAUUAGGAUGGCACUGUGAAUUAAAAAAAAAUUGAUUACUUAUCAAAAAAUCUUUGGCUCAAACAAAAAAUUAUAUUACGCUAGAAGAAAAAAUAUGUACGUUUUCCAUCUUUUAUUGAAUGCUUUGAUACUUGGUUGCUUUCCUAUUUCAGUGGUAGUUUUUAAUAUUUUUUUGAGGUUCGUUUAAUUCUUAGACUUGCAAAGAGAAGAUAUCUAACCUGUUACUGACAUGUCAGAGAGGUUCUAGAUAUAUGUAUCUUUUAUUGAAGCAUUUUUAUGGCUGGCCCACAAGCAUUUUGGUAUCCUCCUUGGUGAGUAACCACAGAAACUAUCUUGACAUGGAAUAAAUCCAAUCGGGAUCAAAACUGUCCUCUUCCUAACAAGAAUUACUCUAUGAUUAAUUAUCCUCAUUGAUCAGUCGUGCCUGUGCCUUGAAUUUUUGAGUGAAAAAACAAAGUUAAUAGAGAAGAUUCCUUUGAAAUAGCUAUUCGACCCAGCUUUCCCAAACUUCUUUGCACAUUUACAGAAUCUUUUAUCCCUACGGAUAAUCCCUUAUAACCUAAUAGGAUCGCAUUCCUGAGUACAUAGGUUCUGAAACAUUUGCAUUUUAUCCAGUUUCAUACUUAACAAUUUGCCGGUUGACCAGAAAUUCCGUACUGGUUGAGGAUGGAUAUCUUUCUUUGCCAAUCAAUUUUGUUUGUAGAAGCUUUCUUACCUGAUUUUGCUAGCUCCUUCAAUGGAAUUGUAUUUCUUUUUUAUUAUUAUUGUUUUCAAACUUGGGAGAUUUGUAAUUGGUCUUCUACAUUCCCUGUACAAACGUCAUUACACCGACAAUAUCCUAACAAGCCAAAAAAAUAUAGACCAGCCAAUUAACAAAUCUCUUCCCUCCCUUUUUAAACUUCUACUCUACACACACACACAC